CACUAAUCAUGGCUUUAGAAUUAUUUAGUGAUAAAGGUAAAAGUACCUUGGCUCUUGCUAACAACAUCAAAUUGGCUAUUGCUGCUGCUUCAUUUGGCUUGAAAUUUUCUCCAGAACCUGAACAACCUUCAUUAUUAUUGAAAAAUGAUAAAGGUUUUGAACUUUCUGAACCUAAUGCCAUUGUGAAAUACUUGGCCAAAGACUUCACACAAACUAGAGAAAUUGAAUUUGAAGAAGAUUUAUUAUCCAAAGCUAUAUUUUCAAAUGAUGUUACAAUCUUAAACCAAUCACCAGUGGCAUCAUUAGAUAAAGUCACACCAAGCUCAAUCAUCUUAUUCGCUUCAUCUUAUGUCUUGAAUAAAGAAUCAUUCCCUGAAUUUCAAAAAUUGGAACAUGUUCAAAAAGGUUUAGAACAAGCAAUCGCUAUAACUAAUCUUGAACGUCCAAAACCAACUCACACAGGUGCCUCAUCUUUGAAAAAUGGGUUUGGAAUUAAAGACCAAUCAAAAGAAAUCUUACCAAGAGAAAAUGAAAGAAACAUUUUGAUCACUUCUGCCCUACCUUAUGUUAAUAACGUUCCUCAUUUAGGUAACAUCAUUGGUUCUGUGCUUAGUGCUGAUUUUUAUGCUCGUUAUGCCAAAUAUAGAAAUUACAACACUUUAUUCAUCUGUGGUACUGAUGAAUAUGGUACUGCUACUGAAACUAAAGCAUUGGAGGAAGGUGUCACCCCAAGAGAAUUAUGUAACAAGUAUCAUAAAAUUCAUUCAGAUGUUUAUAAAUGGUUUCAAAUUGGAUUUGAUUAUUUUGGUCGUACAACUACUCAACAACAAACUGAUAUUGCUCAGGAUAUUUUCCUUAAAUUGAAUGAAAAUGGGUAUUUGGAAGAACAAACCAUGGAUCAAUUAUAUUGUCCUGUUCAUAAUGGGUUCUUGGCUGAUCGUUUCGUCGAAGGUGAAUGUCCAAAAUGUGGUUAUGAAGAUGCAAGAGGUGAUCAAUGUGAUAAAUGUGGUAAUUUGUUAAAUCCUUUUGAAUUGAUCAAACCUCGUUGUAAAAUUGAUAAUGCAUCACCAGAACAAAGAACUUCAAAACAUAUUUUCUUGUCAUUAGAUAAAUUGGAACCGGAAUGUAAGAAAUGGUUUGAAGAAUCAUCUGUUAAAGGUGCUUGGUCUAAAAAUGCUAUAAAUAUCACCAAGACUUGGUUUAAUGAAGGUUUACAACCAAGAUGUAUUACAAGAGAUUUGAAAUGGGGGACUCCUGUUCCUUUAGAAAAAUAUGCUGAAAAAGUUUUAUAUGUUUGGUUUGAUGCUUGUAUUGGUUAUGUUUCAAUAACUGCAAAUUAUACAGAAUCAUGGCAAAAAUGGUGGAAAGAUCCAGAAAAUGUUCAAUUAUAUCAAUUUAUGGGUAAAGAUAACGUUCCAUUUCAUACUGUUAUUUUCCCAUCCUCGGAAAUUGGUACCAAGGAGAAAUGGACAAAAUUACAUCAUAAUUCAUGUUCAGAAUAUUUACAAUAUGAAGGUGGUAAAUUUUCAAAAUCAAGAGGUGUUGGUGUUUUCGGUAAUAAUGCUCAAGAUUCUGGAAUUUCACCUUCUGUUUGGAGAUAUUAUUUAGCUUCUGUUAGACCUGAAACUUCAGAUUCUCAAUUUUCUUGGGAUGAUUUCGCUUCAAGAAAUAAUAAUGAAUUAUUGGCUAAUUUAGGAAAUUUCGUUAAUAGAAUUGUUAAAUUCGUUAAUGCUAAAUAUAAUGGUGUUGUUCCAAAAUACAAUCCAUCAGAAAUUUCAAAUUAUGAUUCUUUAUUAAAAGAUUUAAACUCUUUAUUGAAGAAUUAUAAUGAUGAAUUAGAAGCUGUUCAUAUCCGUCGUGGGCUAGAAAUCGCAAUGUCAAUCUCUGCAAGAGGUAAUCAAUUCUUACAAGAAAACAAAUUGGAUAAUUCAUUAUAUAACGAUUUCCCAGCAAAAGCCGAUGCAGUUGUUGGUGUUGGUUUAAAUAUUGUUUAUUUAGUUGCUUCAAUCAUUGCUCCUUUCAUGCCUGAAACUACUAAACAAAUUGAUGAAAUGUUGAAUGCUCCUCAAUUGGCUAUUAAAGAUGAAUUCAAUUUGAUUAUUGAAGGUGGUCAUAAUAUUAAUAAAGCUCAAUAUUUGUUUAAACGUAUUGAUGAAAAAGAAAUUGAAAUUUUAAGAGGAAAAUAUGGUGGUAAACAAUCUAAAGAAUAA